AUGUCUGAUUCUCUCAAUGAAUGGAGCAAAAAAUGGUUAAUGAAUAUAAACUUGAAAAAAACUAAGGUUAUGAUCCUACAAAAACAUAAUUCUAAACUACAAAGACUUAACUUCUUCUUCUUGGGAGAUAAGCGCAUUGAUAUUAUUCACUCCAAACACUAAAUUUGCGGUUGCGAAAAGGUUUUACGAGCACACAUAAUAGUGCUCGCAAGCAUUAAGGUCCACACACACGGGAAGCGAUUCGACAACGCGACGCGAUUUUUCGAUUUUCACUGACCGUUAAUUUUGAUUCUAAUUUAAAUUUUCCAAAUAUUUAGAAGCGCUAUAACCUUUGGAGUUAUUUGGUAUAGAUAUGUCAUUCAAAAUUUGCUCUCAUUUAGUUGCGAUAAGAGGAACUCAUUACUACUAUAAUCAAGGUCACUUGACCGACAACUCUCAUUCAUUCUCAUCGUUGUUUCUCCCGAUUUUAGUUCAUGUUGUGAAAACUUUCGAUUAUUGAGUCGGCUAAGAUAUAAAUGUAGAGCUGCGAUAUACUCCGUAGCACAGGGAACUUAAAUACUCGAUAUUACAGGGAAGCAUUACAUACGUAGAAAAUAAAUAUAUUAGUCAGAGCCCACAAAUAAGCGUCCGUCUGCCACCGAGCAAUAACGGGUUUAUCCCAUGAGAAAACUUGUGUAAAAGUUAACGUAUGCGACCAAAAUAUUGAUAAACAAGCAACUACAAACGGUUUCGUUGUGGGUGUUGUUGAUGGAAAUUUACCGAGUGGAAAUAUUUAUACAUUUUGUUGCACCUAACGGCUAACCAGGAACUGCGAAAAAUUGCAACCUUAGGUUCCUGACAGGAAUCGAACCUUCAGCCCUGCAAUUACGGUACAACGCUUGCAUGUAUACAUGAACUUGCUUGACAACUAGUUUCUGUAGCGCAGUUGGUUAUAGCGCUGAAUGCACAUGAAUAACAAACUGCAGCUUUAAUUCCUGCCAAGGACCAAAAGUUGGAAUUUUCUCAGCUGUUCCUCAACUGAAAUAUAUAAAAAUUUCCACUCGAUAAUUGACAAACAACAACACCAUUGAGCUAUUAUUAGCCAUUCCGAAGUUGAUGAGAGGACUGGGGGCGAGUGUUAAAAAGUGCCCAAAUUAAGAAACGCGGAUACGAAGACGUACAUUGAUCGUUGUAUCCAUUACUGUAAUAAGACCGAUAGUUGAGUAUGCUUGCCAAUGUGGCAUUUUCACAUUCAACAUUUUCUAUUUGAAGACAUCGAACGAAUCCAGAAAGGCGCACUAAAGAUCGUUGUUCUCUUUUGAAGUUUAUAUGGCGAGACAUUAAAGAUUACGGGUAUCACUACACUGUACGACCGGCCUGAAAGCCUUUGCGACCAAUUCUUUUAGACAAAAUAUGAAUAAUGAUAAGAUGAAUGACUUGUGUCCAGAUCCAUUUACAUCAAAUUAUGACUUUAGAUUACCACGUAAAUUUAAUAAUUAUGUCUCCAAAACGGAUCGCUGCAAACAGUCGUUUUUACUCCAAAUGAUUUUCAAAAAGAAUAGUAGGAUUAUAACCUUAACUAGUAUUAGUUUUUAGACAUCACAAUAUAAUAGUUUAGUAGUUUGACAUCACAAUUUAUUCUUAUUGUAAUAUAGUUGUAGUAUAAUAUUUUUUAGUCAUAACUUCAUGUUGCUAAAAACUUCUGUAAUUUAACCUUUUGGUUACAUAAAUAAUAAUAAUAAUAAUUUGAAUUUCGUUAAAAAAAAUGACGUUGCAUCGUCAUGUUCUUAAUUAAAUUAAAACGUCUAUUCUAGCGGUUCGCAGGCAAGCGAGCCUCGCAAUCGAAUUACUAGAUAUUCGGUGUGAAAAACGCAAUGCAAGUUUCAGCAAAAAUUACUUUGUGCAAGAUGGACAUCGAGAGAUAUAAUAUUAUUACAAUAGAUAAUAAUUUAUUUUAUUGCAAUUACUAGAAAAUACAUGCAUGCAGAAACCCUCGCCUUGCUGACAAAACCAUUUUAUUUUCGGAACCUGAAGUAUUUUAAGUAGUUGUCAUGGUAACACGAUAAUUUUUUAAGAAUAUUUUUACAAAUGAAAAAUCCCCCAUAAAUAUCACUUUUAAUUACAAAAUUAUCAAUUUCCUAAACAUAUAUAUGUUAUGUAUGUUCUUAUACGUAAUAUAAGCUUGAAUUUAAGGUAAAAUUCAACCACAAACGCUUCGCAAAACGUUUUAAAAUGUUCUUUUACUAUAGAACUGUACUGCCUUUAUCGAUAAACUUUGAGUUCGAAAUAAAAUGAUUCCAAAUUCUCCCAUGCAAAUAACUUUGCUUAGUAUAAUAAAAAGUGUAAUCAAUAAAGAAACACUGAAAUAAUACGCUGUCUUGUUUCAUAUUUAUACACAACGAUCGGCUUUUAAAGUAAUUACAGUAGGUAUGUUAUUAUACGUAAUAUAAGCUUCAAUUUAAGGUAAAAUUCAACAACAAACGCUUCGCAAAACGUUUGAAAAUGUUCUUUUAAUAUAGAACUAAACUGCCUUUAUCGAUAAACUUUGAGUUCGAAAUAAAAUGAUUCCAAAUUCUCCCAUGUAAAUAACUUUGUUUAGUAUAAUAAAAAGUGUAAUCAAUAAAGGAACACUGAAAUAAUACACUGUCUUGUUUCAUAUUUUAUAUACGCAACGAUCGGCUUUUAAAGUAUAAAUUACAGCCGAGAUUACAGUAUAUUAAAAGCAAAUAAUGCAUCAAUAUUUAAAACAAACUUACCUUCGUUAACGUCGGCACCUUUACUUCCUUCUUUUAGCAAUUGCCUUGCCUUUAUUUCAUCAAAAAUCCUUUGCAAUUUACAAAAUCUUGCAAAAAUGAAAUAUAUUUGCAAGAAAUCAUCAAAUCAAUUUCGCUGUCGUCAAUCGUCAUGCAGCCGUUAUAAUGCCAAUUUUAAAUUGGACCAAUCAGUGUUGGCUAUUCAUCACAGUCCGCUAUAUUAUGAGAUCAGUGAGGAUGACCACCCACCGAAACACGCACAGUGACCCACGCCCGCGAUAUUUGAUGAACUUUAGACUUCGCUAAUGCUUCCCUUCCCCGGGUGUAAAUAGCCGGGGGGAAUUAGUACCCUCGCACGGCGCUUCGCGCCGUCGGCUCGGGGAUUAUUUUAAAAAUAAUACUAAGCUAUUUUUGCUUUCCAUGUUUUAGUCAACAGACACAAGAGAAGCAGAAAUAUGUUGUGUUGAAAAUCCUUGCAAAAAUCAAGCACUUUGCGUGCCCGAGGUACGAUCUGGCAAGCGGAGUUUUUCUUGUAAGUGUCGACCAGGAUUCACUGGAAAGUUAUGUGACGUACCAGUCAAAGGUUGUCAAGACUACCUCCGAGCAAACGAGUCAGCAACAUCUGGUGUCUACAAAAUUGUGCUGGACGAUCCAACAAUGACAAAAAAUGUCUACUGUUAUUUUGAUCACGUGAAUAUGGAAGCAUGGACCCUUGUCAUGUCCUACUCAUAUUCCUAUCAGAAUAGUAUGAAAUACUUUCCGUUUCAGAAGGAUAACCCUAUCAAUGAAGAAAAUCCAGCGUUUGACUAUUACCGUGCAUCUCUAGCUUUGAUGAAAUAUUUAAGAAAUCAUAGCAGCUUCUGGCGAGCUACAUGUAACCAUGACACCAAACCACGUGAUGACGAUUUCACACAGAGUUAUUUCACAACUUUGGAUAUUAUGACAUACAAUG